UGAUUCACAUAAUAAAUAUCGUGGCGCAUGUCAAUUCCUCUCUCUCUCUCUCUCGUGACAUUCCAGAUGCUCUGAUUUCUAAAGCUUCUUUGAAAAUCCCCAAAAAGAGUUAUCCUUUUAUAGGCUUUCGGUGAUUAGUUUCACCUGCUUUCCCUCUAAACACAGCCAAAAGAAAAGGAUCUAAUUGAGCCACAGCCCACAAUGUUAAAUUUAAUCUCCCUCGCUCUUCAUCUGCAUAAUUGUUCCUUCAGUUUCAUAACAGCUAAAGCUGCAAUUUCUGACUUCUCAACCCCAUAAUUCCCACACUCUCUCACUCUGUCUCUUUCACUCCCUUUGACUCCAACGCACCCUUUCGACCAACCCCAUUCCAUAAAUUUCGAAACUUUUUCGCGGCUUCACCGAGACAACAUCAUUUCCCUCGAAACAGAGUUGCCCUGUUCCGACAUGGUAAUAGAAGUGUGCUCCGAGAUAUCCAGCGCAGGAAUCAGCCCUCGCAUCUCAUUCUCCCACGAUCUCAAGAACACAGAAGACGCUUCAGUUCGUGUCGAAGAUCGCCACCGUGGAUCGGACCUGUGCCUCCUCGACUCAAGCUCCGAUUUCGUCUUCUGCAUCACCAAUGGCUUAGCCCAACAACUUUCUUCCGCCGAUGAACUCUUCUCCAAUGGCAAGAUCGUCCCAAUGGAGAUCAAGAAAGUUUCCAACGAACCCCCUCGAUCUCAACCCGCCACAACCGAAAAGACUCAAAAGAAGAGGCUCAAAGAGUUUUUGUCUGCAUCCUCCGACGAAGCAGAGAACGAAGAAGAAAAACCAUCUUCCAAGUAUUUCUGGCAAUUCAAGCGCAGUAGCAGUUUGAAUUUCGACACCACACGUGGGAAUAGCUUGAUUCGCUCGCUUCAGUUCCUGUCAAGAAGCAACUCAACUGGUUCGGCGCCGAACCCGAAGCAACCCGAACUUCCGAGGGAAACUCACAAGCAGAGGCUGCAGAAACAGUCCUCUGUUUCGAGCAGAAGGACAAAGCAGUUCAGUCAAAAAGAACAGGUUAGAAAAAGAAAUUAAUCAUUGAUUAAAAUACAUACCCCUCUAUAUUCUUAGCUUGCCAAUCUACUCACUGUUGGUUUUUUUUCUUUUUCAAUCUUUUCCGCCUGUUUACAUGGCUGAUCGUUCAUAAGUCACAACCUGUUAACCACCCCAACAUGACCCAUUCUUUGAAUUCACUAUCUUAACCAAUUAAUGUGACUUCACAGAAUAUUGUAAAUUUCUAUGUUCUUGCUUUCAAUAUGGCCCCUUCUUUGAA